ACGUAAUUAUGUCCCUUUUAUUGUGUACCGCCGUUUGUACGGUAAAAUGAUAAACAACCGGUCGACUGUCAAAAUCGAUUUCUUACACCUGUGAUAAACUAGUGUCCGAUCACGAAUAACAGGCUUACCACAAACAAGAAGUUAAAAAAUUAAAAAUGUCGGGAAUACCCGUGGAAAGUGGGGUUACCAACGAAAGUUAUCCAGAAUUGUUUGAUGAACGAGCUAUGCUGCCGCAGAGCAAGAAGAAAAAACCGGGUCAACAGCCAGAUAAUAAAAUACGUGAAUAUUUUGAAAAGGGGUAUCUUGUUAUUCCAGACUUCUUCACUAAAGAAGAACUGGACGAGUGUCGCAAAACAACCGAGGAGCUAGUCGAUAAUCUGGCAAAAAAGUUGUUUGAAGCUGGUAAAAUUAAAGAUUCAUACGAAAAAUAUGGUUUGUUUCAACGACUGAUCAAAAUUGAGGAAGAUUUUCCUGGUGCAAACGUUAUUUUACACAAGGUUCCAAAUAUGCCUAUGGGUUAUAGGAAGCUUUGGGCAAAUGAACGCCUGUUGAAUCUGGUUGAACAAAUUAUAGGACCAGAUAUUGCGGGAAAUCCCGUGUGGAAUCUUCGCACUAAAACACCCCAAAACGAGGCGACAACUGUUCCCUGGCACCAAGACUCUGGCUAUCUGGAUAACAAGUCAUAUAAGAUGCUAGUUCCUACUGCAUGGGUGCCAUUACUGGAUGCAAAUGAGGCGAAUGGAUGUCUGCAGUUUGCGGAGAGAGGGCAUAGGUCAGGGCAUGUAGCGUUGCACAAAUGUUGCUGGGGUGGCACGUGGUAUGUUGAACUGGACGAGGAGGAAAUGAAAUCUAAACUAGGUGUGAAUCCUGACAACGACAUUAGAACCUGUCCUAUACCAUACGGUGGCCUUGUAUUGUUCAGCAAUCUCAUACCGCAUCGAAGUUUACCAAAUAUUUCGAAUGAUGUUCGUUGGAGUCUCGAUCUGCGAUGGCAGCGUCCCAAUGAUCCAGACGGCCUCUGGGGUCUGAAGAAGCCUGUUUUGAUGAGAACAAGGGACAAUCUGAAUAUGGAAAUAGAUUGGACAGAAUUCGAUGCCGUUGAUCGCCAUUCUAAACAGAAGGAGUCUGUUGCCGAUAAUCCUGCACCUGGCGAAGACCCAGAAUUUGACACAACCUUACCCGGUCCGUGGAUGAAGAAAUGGGAAAUAGUUCACAUGAAUAAACACACUGACAGACACAUGAAAGACGAAGAAAGGACAAGCGCAUAAAAGAUGUACUGAAUUUUACCUUAUCGUGCUUUUAAAUUCACUUCUGUGGCGUAUUCGCGGGAACGAAGUUGCGCUUUUUAGUAUCAUGAAACUUUACUUUUAAUUGAAUUCGCACACCUUAAAUGUAGGUGAAAUGUUUUACCACAGUAUUAUGUUGAUUGAAAUAAAUAUACCAAUUCUGUAGAAUAAAUUAAAUUUACCAAUUAUGA